CGGAGUGACACCUCCUGUCUCAUGUCUGCCUCUGUGCUCGCUGCUUUAGGAAACGUGGCCUUACCGCCUGAGCGGUAGCAGCAGCAGCGCGUCAGCGUCAGUCACAGGACCGUUACCGGUGUGGAUGAAUGAGAAUCACGCCACUCUCUGUCUCUGCCUCCUCCACACACACGCGCGCGUCUGUCAGCUACACCAGCCCGUUUCUGAAGAACCAUGUCUGAGGCAGAACCAGCCCCGGCCUCGGCCUCGGAGGCCGCCGCCGCCGCGAUCUUGGACGCCCUGAACACCACAGACUCGAACGGCACCGAGGUGCUCAACGCCACGGCUAAAUUCGUGGCCACACCAGAGGGCACGGCUCUGGCGUACGGCAGCCUGGUGUUCAUGGCGCUGCUGCCCAUCUUCUUCGGAGCCUUGCGCUCCGUCGACUGCUCCAAAUCUAAGGAGCUGGGAGAGAAUGGUAGCGGUUCUGGUUUCUGCAAUGCAGCAGACAUGCCUGAAACCAUCACCAGCAGAGACGCGGCGAGGUUUCCCAUCAUCGCCAGCUGCACGCUGUUCGGACUCUACCUCUUCUUUAAGGUGUUUUCUCAAGAGUACAUCAACCUGCUGCUGUCCGUCUACUUCUUCGUCCUGGGCGUCCUCGCUCUGUCUCACACGAUGAGUCCUCUGAUCUCCAGAAUCUUUCCAGAUUCUUUCCCAAACAAACAGUUCCAGCUUCUCUUCACUCAAGGCUCUGGAGAGUCCAAAGAAGAAAUCGUGAACUACGAGUUUGACAACAAGAACCUGAUCUGUUUAGUGGUCAGCAGUGUGGUGGGAGUCUGGUACCUGCUCAAGAAGCACUGGAUAGCCAAUAACCUGUUUGGUUUGGCGUUUGCUCUGAACGGCGUUGAGCUGCUCCACCUGAACAACGUCAGUACCGGCUGCAUCCUGCUGGGGGGACUGUUUGUCUACGACGUAUUCUGGGUGUUCGGGACCAACGUCAUGGUAACGGUUGCUAAGUCCUUUGAGGCUCCGAUCAAAUUGGUGUUUCCUCAGGAUCUUUUAGAGAAAGGUCUUCAGGCCAAUAACUUUGCGAUGUUGGGUCUCGGUGACAUCGUCAUCCCUGGAAUCUUCAUCGCUCUGCUGCUGCGCUUUGACGUCAGCCUGAAGAAGAACAGCAGGACAUAUUUCUACUCCAGUUUCCUCGCCUACAUCUUUGGACUCGGCCUCACCAUCUUCGUCAUGCACACCUUCAAACACGCACAGCCCGCUCUGCUCUACCUGGUCCCGGCCUGCAUCGGCUUCCCUGUCAUCGUCGCGCUGAUCAAAGGAGAGCUCACUGAGAUGUUCAGGUACGAGGAGACACCACCUGAGGAGGAGGAGGCCAAAGACGAGGGGUCAGAAUCGCAGAAGAAGGACCAAUAGCAUUCAUCGCUGCCCGCCCUCUGCUCCGCCCAUCUCCACCGUCAUCCAGCCUGCUGCCACCACCACAUUUCACUGAAGCCCCGCCCUCCUCCCUGUCUCGCCGCUCCAGCUGUGUCUGUCUGUCGUCGAGGGAAACGAAGCUUGUGUUGCUAGUGUAUUUUUUGUCUUUGAAGCAGCGGGAGCAGCCGCUGGUCUCCGUGGUAACGGCUGUCGUUAACCAUCUGGCUGAACGCCCCUCGCCUCACGCUCGUGUCACCACGUCGUUUCUGCAAGAUUGAGGUGAAACAAACUGUUCACCAUCAGCAUCAUCAUCAUCAUCGUCGUCGUCAUCAUUUGUGUUGCGUCACUUUUCUCGUGUUUAAGGCCAGAAUUUUAAGAUGAAAAAUCCAGUAUAAUUUUAAUUCUGUGCAUUUUCUUUUUCCUUUUGUUCAUUUUUUUAUUUUAAAUGUGUAGAAAUGGUGUUCACUUGUGUGAAUCCUGAGAAAUAAACCGCACACUCGGACGUUUUCUCAAUAUUAUCGGAAUAUUAAAAAAAGGUACAAAACUGAAAGAAUAUGGUUUUUAUCAGUUACUGCAUUCUGUAAAAGAAUAUCUCUCUACUCUGAGAUCAUUUGUGGUGCAUCUUUUCCCACAUGGUGGCAGCAGCAAAUAUCUGAAAUUUACCAAGUUUCUUGAAUGCACCAGAGUUGGCAAUCGAUUACAAACACUGAGGUGUGAUUUCGGGAAAGAAACAUCCGUCUGAGUGGAUAAACUGUGUUCCACUCCUCACCAGCAGGUGGCGAUAACAUGGGCCUCUGGCCUUGUUUCUUUUUUCUUGUAUUUGCCGAGAUUAUUUUUCCCAGAAAUGCGACUCGUUUUUACUUAAUUGAAAAUAAACCUUUGUGUGCUAAAGCUCUGCCCCCUUAGGUUUCCAAAUCAUAAAAUGUUUGUUUUUAGUGGCAGAUGGAUAUGUUUGAUGAAAUUGAACGGAAAAAAAAAACCCAAAUUAUUUAUCGUAGUUUUUAAGAUUCAUAGCGACUUUUCUGUUUCCUCGAUGUCGUCGCCACCAAUUUGUCUGAAGCACAAAGAAAAACUUCAUGAGCAGCUAAAAGUUUCGUAAAUGAAAUAAACGCCAUCGACGUUCAGUGCUGCACUGUAAAAAUAAAUAAAUAAAUAAAACCAGCCAAGUAUUCUUUAGUCGAUUUAAAAUACUGCUACUUUCAGACUUAAUUUUCCUUAAAACAAGGAAUUUAAGAUGAAAGUUAAACAAGCAAAGAAAUUCUUUAACAAAUUUUUACUUAAAGUAACUUUAAACCUUAGAAUUUGCCAUUAGUUUACUUUUUUUUGCAGAAACAAGGCUUUUUUCUUUCUAAAGCUCCGCCCACUUAAUUUCCUAAACUUUCAGAAUGUUAGCGCCUGUGAGCGCAGCAGAGUAGGAGGAGGAGCCUUGCCUCUUGCUGCUCUGAGGGUGGCGGGGCCUUGUGACAUCAUCAGCUGGAGGAGGCGUCCGUUUUUCAUCGUGUCUGUCCGCGACAUUACAACUUGAUUUUCCGUUGAUCUGAAACACGAUUUUCUGUCGUCCGACAUUUUCCCGAUCUUAUGUUUUUCAAGACUUUUCACACGUAACAUUUUUAAUGACCCGUGUCGAUUGAAAUUGCAGCUCUCUCCCUCUUUUCUAAGCUCCACCCACCAGACGAGCACGUACAACACACAAGCUGAGGAAAUCUGAUAGGCUCCGCCCACUCUGACACAUUCAGAAUCGUAUUAGUUUUUGUUUCUUUGCAGUGUUGUUGGUUAUCACACGUGUUGUGUUGUUGACCUUUUUUACUGAAACAGCUGUUUACAGCCAGUAGGAGGCUCUCUCUCUCUCUCUCUCUGAACUGUCCUGUGAUUGGUCAGAGAUCCAGAGGAGGAGGAGUCCAGUUCUCUCUCAGAUGAGCUUUAUCUGUGUGAGAGAAAUCUUGCCGACUGCAGCUUUAACCCAUGAUAAAACGGUUAACCCUUAAGUUUUUCACUUAGUGUUUUAAAUAAUUAAACGUGUCCGUGUUUGUCCUGUAACUGCGGACGAGAUAAAAAAAAAGUUUGUCACAAAAAUCUACUCCGGCUCAUUCUGCGGAUAUGGAAAAUCAAUCUGGUGAUUUUAUUACUUCAUUAUGAAGGAUAAUUAUUUUAUUUUUCACACACUGCACCUUUUUAAAAGCACAGAAUGUCCCAGAAUGCAACUUGGUAAAGGAUCCGAGAAGAGAAUUAAAAAGGGAGAAUUUUGUUAAUUUUUUGUUGUUUUUUUGAGAAAGGACUGUGUGGAUGUUACGAGUUUUCACAUAAAGAUUCUGGACGUAAACGACGUUGAUGCUUCAUUCAGAGACUUUUUCUAUGUUGAUGUAAAUAAUGAGAAAUAAAAACUUAAGGAUCAUCAUUAUUUUCAUGUUCAGCUCAGAAACUCAUGUUUAAAAACAUUGUAUUAUUAUUCUUAUUCUUAUUAUUAUUAUGUUCUUUUUCUCUCUCUGGUUGUUUGUGCAGGACGUCGUCUCACGGCUCCGACUGUAUUUUAUUUGCAAUAAAGUUUUUGGUGGGUCGAUCACCGUAUAGAGAA